GGUAUCAGAUACCGAUUAUUCGGUAUUUGGUAUACCGGAAACAGACAGUGUACCCACCGAAAACCGAUACUGAAUGUUAACCGGUAUACCGAAUAGUCGGUAUCCGAUAUCAAUACCGGUAUACCGAAUACCUAGAAAUGAGAAUCAUCGCCUGAAGAGAAGAGAAGAAAAGAGAAGAGGAAGACAGAGGCUUGCUGAAGGGGAACAUGUGCUGGCGGAUCGAUGGCUCGACGAAGAGGAAGCGGCGGAUCCAAGUGGGACGGCGAUCGCUGAGAAGACGACGCUCAAGGCGGCGACGGAGUUGACCUUGUUGCCUGAUCGUCCAAGGGAUCACGCGCCGCUGGGACAGGAAUUGACCAAAACAGAGAAGCCGUCGUCGGCGGAUGAGAAGAGAAGAGGUCGGGUUGGGAGACAGCGGUUGUUGGCUGGUGAAGAGAAGAGGAAGACGAGGUGUUGGAGCGCGGCGUGCUGGGUGUCGCCUUUCGGGAUGGAGAGAAGAGAAUAAGAGGAAAUGAGGUGUGGAGCGCGGCGUGCAGCGACCAACAGGGAGGGGAGGUUUGAUUUCAUUUAGGGUUUGCAGCUGCACUUUGCCCCAAUCCGCUACGUUGUCGUUUUUUUUUGUGAUUCGGUAUUCGGUAUAUCGAUUUACCGUCAGUAAAUUACUGGCCGGUCUCCGGUAUACCGGUUGGUCAAAUAUUGCAGCCGAAUACUGAUACCGUCGGUAUUCGGUAUACCGAUGAUAACCGGUUAGGUACCCGGUAAUACCGAAUGUCGGUUUACCGAAUACCAUUCCUAUGUCCUUCUCCAUCAGACCAUCACUAAUUCUUUACUAGGCUCUCAUUCUCUGUGGCUUCUUCAAGACUGGUUUGUAGUUUUGUACUUACGAGCCUUUAAGUCGUUUUUGUUGAUAGCAACUUUAUUAUUUUGAUUUCUGAAUGUUUGGAUUUUUUUUUGUUUUAAUGAAAAACUGUUUGGAUC